AUGGGCUUCGCUGAAUUACCGAAGGAGUUGCUGCAAGCCAUCUUGAACCAUGCAAUAAGUGUGCGAGGGAUGAAGAGAGGGUUAAGGUUGCGAUUAUUGAACAAACGCUUCGCAGCCGAAGUGAUCGACACCAUCUACACCUACCGUAUGCUAGAUACUCGAUUUGCCAAGCGCCUUUAUGCUCAAAUCCCACCCAUGCCACCCUUCACAGCUUCCUAUCUCGAGUACCGCAUUCAUAAUGCCGAAGACGGUGUAGCCCCAUACCCGCGACUAGGCUUCCUGAGAAAAAUUGCUCGUGAUGUGGUAGCUGAGAACGAAUCACUGGAAUACGACGCUUGUGUACAAUUGCUGUGUCGUCUCAUAUCUGAAGGUGGCGAGCCCCGUGUGUACCAGGUCUUCUGCCCGGCUUUGUCACUGCCGACGACUUUCUACGAAGGAGAUGGCGAUUAUUUCGACACUCUUUUCGCCACUGCCGUCGUAACCAAUACCACGCCGAUCGUCGAACGCUACAUGGGUUCGUAUCGUUAUGGAGGAUUUAAGGCCCUCUUUGCGCCAUCUGAAUACGAAUUCUACCGUCUAGCUGCGCGCUAUGCUGACACCGCGACCCUGGCCUUAUUCCUCUCGACUAGGUACUCUUACCGUGUCGAUAUCCGACGCCGCAACGAGAUGCUCGUUGCUGCCGCCGCGGUGGGCCGGCUCUCUGCCUUUCGCCUAAUUCACGGAUCCCGCAUCGAAGAAGCACCGUGGGACUUUGAAGGUCGGGAAAAGGUGUUUGACGACGCUCUUGGUACACCGAGUCUGGAUGUGUGGCACGAAGUAAUCCGUUUGAGAGCAACUUACGGAAGCCCUUCAGUUAUAUCGGAAGAUCGCAAGACGAAAUUGCUAGCAGACUGUGUUGGGGAAGGGCCUUCGUGGGAUACCCUAUCCGGAAGGAUGCCCCAAGUCCUCUAA